AUUACGUCAAUAUGUCAUCUAUAAAAAGUCUUGUACUUUUUUCUUCCUUGCUAUUCCUAGUCUUAGGAUAGACCUGUUUAGAUCAUAGCGGUAAUGCUAUAGAUUGGUGGUUUAUUUUGAAGAUGCCAACUGAUCCUACUUUUAGCGCGAGAGGUAAAUAAAUCUCAACAUUGAAGGAAUGGACUAUUUGUAUUGUGAUGCCAAGAAUAAUUGUGGAACAUUUGAUUGGUAAACUGAUCAAUUAGAUGAUUUAACAUCACCUUUAUAAAGAACAAUGGCUUAAAUUGAUUUUCAUAAUGAUAAUGUCAUGAGUGUUUUAUGGAGUGAUUAACCUUGGAACAAGAACACAAUCUCAGACAGAGCUCAUUCAAAGGGUGUCUUGAGCGCAGGCAUAAAUGGUAACGCAUUUCUGAUCUCUCAUUCAACACCCACUUUCCCAAUGCUUGAUGAUGCUUACGAGUAAAUUUCCAAUUUAAACUUAUUAGUUAAAUUGUAUUAGGCAUGCCAUCUUCUGCUUAAGUUAAUGGUCAACAUUAUAUGUGUUUAUCUAUUACAACUACAGAGGCAAACAGAUUGGCAACAGAAUAUAUUAUUGCUGAAACCUUAACUAAUCGAGCUAACAGUCCUUCUGCAUUUGCAACUGCUUUCCCUUAAUUAUAUCAAUUAAAAUCCAAUUCAAGAACUAAAACAUACAAAACAGAAUCUGGAACCGUGUUAUCAGUAAUUAUUAAUAGUAUAUUAUAGUCUGCACUACAAGACUCAAUUAAGAUUUCUACCAAAGGAGGAUUUACUUUAACAGCUUAUACAAAGAAUGAAAACCUUGUUGAAGAUUUCUAUGCUGAUGUUGUAGCACCAGCAUUAGGCAAAGACUUGAUAAUGGAAACUUGGGGUAAUGGAACUGGAGGUCUCUAAAGCGCUGUAUGUGAUUAGACACCUAAAUCAUAUUCCAAUUUAGUCAGAUAACAUGGGGUAUAUUAAUUAAGUAUUAUACCAGGCCUUUACAUUCUCAUACACUAAAGAUCAUUCAAAGUAUGGUAUAACUGCAAGUUCAACUAAUGUAUGCUUUUGUGAUUUGAACAGAUAAACCACAUAAUAAAAAAGAGGAGGUGUUGUUUACUGCUUUUAACAUAAAAGCUUAUGGACUUUCAUCAAUUAAUCAUUCAUAAGUAGGCAAACAUGCUGAUUUAAUUAUAAAAAUAAAAUAUUUUUAAUAAUAC